CACCAAACCCCUCCGAAAAAGGAAAUAGAUAGAAAAAUGCUGAUAAAUAAAAAAAAAAACUAAUAAAUAAAUAAAAGGGAAAGACGCCAAUGUUUUCUCUCUUCGAAGGCUUUCAAUGCCGCUCCUAUAAACCCUACCAAAAAUUUGACCGUUGGAGAAGUCUUCCUCUUCACAAAAGAAAGUGUGGAGAUAGAAAAAGCUCUUCUUUGCUUGCACAGGGAGAGAGCGAGAGGGCUUUUCGAUCUUCUUCACAUUCAAACCUGCCAGCACCACCACCAUCACCAUCUUUUUUACUCUGAAACCCAAAAGGAUCUCUCAAAAGGAACCAGAGAAAAGAAAAAAGAAAAACCCAACAAUGGAUUCCCCUCAAACAAGGAAAACCGGGCUCAAUCUCCCAUCUGGGAUGUCCGAGACGUCUCUGCGGCUCGAUACAUUGAGAGGGAUAACGAGCUUGUCUUCGUCUUCGCCUUCGAAAUCCUCUACGUGCAGCGAUAGAUUCAUACCCUGCAGAUCAUCGUCUAGGCUUCACACAUUUGGGCUGAUAGAGAAGGCCUCACCUGUUAAAGAAGGCGGAGGCAAUGAGGCUUAUUCCAGGUUGUUGAAAUCGGAGCUUUUCGGGUCUGAUUUUGGGUCUUUUUCUCCUGCAGGUGGUAACCAGGUCGCUUCUUCGCCGAUGAGUCCUAGCAAGAACAUGUUGAGGUUCAAGACCGAUCAUUCCGGGCCCAGCUCGCCGUAUUCGCCUUCCAUCUUGGGCCAUGAUAGUGGGUUGUCUAGCGAGUCUUCUACGCCUCCAAAACCUCCUCGCAAGGUUCCCAAAACACCCCAUAAGGUUUUGGAUGCCCCAUCACUGCAAGAUGACUUUUACUUGAACCUUGUAGACUGGUCCUCACAAAAUGUCCUUGCUGUUGGACUGGGAACCUGUGUUUAUCUAUGGAGUGCAUCAAACAGCAAGGUGACAAAGUUGUGUGACUUGGGUCCUAAUGAUGGUGUAUGCUCUGUCCAAUGGACCAGAGAGGGUUCAUACAUAUCAAUCGGUACUAAUUAUGGUCAAGUUCAGGUUUGGGAUGGGACUCAAUGCAAGAAGGUCCGAACAAUGAGUGGUCAUCAAACAAGAACUGGUGUCUUGGCAUGGAAUUCACGUAUAUUAGCUUCAGGAAGCAGGGAUCGAAACAUACUUCAACAUGAUCUCCGGGUCUCCAAUGACUUCAUCAGCAAACUUGUAGGCCAUAAGUCUGAGGUAUGUGGCCUGAAAUGGUCCAAUGAUGACAGGGAACUUGCAUCUGGUGGCAAUGAUAAUCAGCUUUUGGUCUGGAACCAGCAUUCUCAGCAACCAGCUUUGAAACUGACAGAACAUACAGCAGCUGUCAAAGCUAUUGCUUGGUCACCCCACCAGAGUGGACUUCUUGCAUCUGGAGGUGGCACUGCCGACAGAUGUAUUCGCUUCUGGAACACGACAAAUGGUCAUCAAUUGAACAAUAUUGACACAGGGAGCCAGGUAUGCAAUCUUGCAUGGAGUAAGAACGUGAAUGAGAUAGUCAGUACUCAUGGAUAUUCCCAGAAUCAAAUAAUGGUGUGGAAGUAUCCAUCAAUGGCAAAGGUAGCAACUUUAACUGGCCAUAGCAUGCGAGUACUCUACCUUGCAAUGUCACCAGAUGGACAGACAAUAGUUACUGGUGCUGGUGAUGAGACUCUUCGGUUCUGGAAUGUCUUCCCGUCAAUGAAAGCACCGACGCCUGUCAAAGAUAUCGGUCUUUGGUCGCUAGGAAGAACCCAAAUUCGGUGAUAUUCUUGCAUAAAUAUAUGACAGCUGUGACGUAAAUGCAGAUCCUGUAAUUUAUUAUAGUGUGUGUGACAUCUGGAAGAGCGGCAUAACUUUUUUUGUAAUGUGAACAUCUGUAAUUUAUAUAUAUAUAUAUAUAUAUAUAUUCUAAAACACGAAAUCGCAACUUUGUAUAGUGUGUCCAAUGAAAGAAAUCAUACACCUUGGAUCAUUGAGAACCUUUCUGUACCUGACAACAUUCAACUGAAACAAUGAUACAUCUUGUUUGUAAUA